AUGCGCCGAGCGCUCUCAGAGCCAAGCGGGAGAAGAAAAGAAGAGGAAAAUGUUUCAGUGUCUCCGGACAGCCAAGUUGUUUUACAGAAUUUGAGCUCGUAACACUUUUAUUUCAUUUUAUUCGAGAACGCGGAGAAAAACGACCCGAUCCCUACUCCGUACCGGGCGGCGACGUCAAGGCGCCAUUUUGCCGUUCGCAGACCGCCGCUAAAAAAAAAAGGCAAGAAGAAGAAGAAGAAAAGGAAGUGAAGAAGACGACGAAGAAGAAGCUGAACUGUUGUUAAAGGAAGUGGCCAUUAUUAGGACGAACAACAAAAAAGGAAAAGAGAAAGAAAAGUUGUGCGCGCCUCGACCGCGGUCAACGUCAACAUGAGAGACGCGUCGGCGCCGUUUUAACCAGAUCGACGGCUCCGCAGAACAAACCCGAAUCCGGCGAGGUCCAACGGCGCUCUUAGGCACAGCCGAACCCUAUGCCUCUCUGAGCCGCGACGGAACGAGCGGACAUGAGCGAGCACUUCGACCGAGCUCCGGGCGCCGGGAGAGCCCGUGUGCAGCCGGCGAGCCCCGGCCUGUUCGGCGCCGGGGACGCAGACGCCAGCGGCCGGCUGUUCAGCGAGAGAGAGCCGCUGAGGCAGCCGAGGACAUCGCCGCCUUUAGCCGACAGCAUUAGCUCUGUUAACGACCUGGUCGUCGGAGGAGACACUAGAAGACAGACUAAACCCCAACAAAUUGCAUGCGGCAACAGCGCUGCUGUACCGAAAGGGUGUAAUGUGGAGACCCUGGCCAAGUCGUCUACACUUUCAGCCAACGCUCCAGAAUUUGUCCCCUCGGGAAUUUACGUGGACCCGACAUUCUACGACGGCAGUGAAAACUAUUACGGUGAGGAAACACUGGCUGACUUGGUCGCAGACUUCCUUUACCAACUGAGCUCCUCACCGGGCUCCUUUGAUUCAGAUGUUGAACACAUUAGCUACACGCUCAAUUCCUGGGUAACUACCGAAGCCCUGCUGCAAGAGCUGGUUGAGCUGAUCUUCACACAGUCCACUGCUAUUCCCAACUUCUCUUACACGGGUGCCAGACUCUGUAACUACCUGUCUCAUCAUCUUACCAUCUGUCCAACGAGGGGCAACUUCCGUCAGCUGCUCCUGGAAAGGUGUCAGACGGAGUUUAAGAAGAAGGAUGCAGCUGUGACAGGAGAUCAGGAAACUCAGAAGUCAUUUCACUCGUUUGUGCUCUUCCUGGGAGAACUCUAUCUUAACCUGGAGGUGAAAAGAGGGAAAAGGCCCCCGACACGAGCUGACAUCCUCCUAGGAGCACUGAAAGACCUGUUGAACUGUCUCCUCUCCCACCCAGUGGAUGCAAACCUCAUCUGUGCAGUAAAACUUCUGAAGUUGACAGGCUGUGUCCUGGAGGACACAUGGAAAGAAAGUGGUAAAUCAGAUAUGAAAGAGCUGAUUCAGAGAAUAGAAAACGUUGUGCUGGAUGCCUCCUGCAGCAGGGAUGUAAAGCAGAUGCUAUUAAAACUCGUGGAGUUGAGAUCCAGCAACUGGGGCCGGGUCCAUGCUGCCGCUGCAACCAGUAACGCCACGCCAGACAACGACCCCAACUAUUUCAUGAAUGAGCCCACGUUCUACACGGUGGACGGGACUCCCUUCACGGCAGCAGAUCCAGAAUAUUCUGAGAAAUACCAAGAAAUCCUGGACAGAGAGGAUUAUUUCCCCGAUUUUUACGAGGAAAAUGGGAACGACUCGUUCUUCUUGGAAGAAGAGAUGGACCCCGAGAUCGAAGAAGCGUUUGAGGAUUUCUGCUUGGAGGCGGAGAAAAAACGAGGACAAUGACAGAAGUGAGAGUAUAGCUAGACAACUCAGUGUUUGUUUGCCAUCUGGGAAAGUCUAGGAAAACUACCGUUGAAUAGAUACAUGCUUGGUUUUCCAGUAAGCAUUUUGGCAAAAAAAAAAGAAAAGAAAAUGUGAAUAGUUUGCACUUCCUGGCACCUCAGUUCCAAUUUUUUUCUGGUUGUGCUGAAUAGAAAACGGAGGACAAUCAUCUGGGUAAUCUUUCUCGACGUUGAGCUAUUUUAGACAUUUCUGUCUUAAGAAAGGUUUUAUUUUUGUUCAGGAUUGGUUUCACUUCCCCUCGGGGAACACUUCCUUCCUUCACUCUGCAACACAAGGCCGCGAGGGGAAACUGUGUGCUGUGGAUAUUUAAGUACUCUUCUGUGAAUUGCUGUAACGAACAGUAACGAAUGUGUGCAUCAUUUGCUUUAAUACUAACUGGCUUUGUUUACUGUUAUCAGUUUUUUAAAAAGCAAAAAUCUCUUUUAGACACAGGACGGCACCACGGCGGCGUGGCGAGGGACACAGAUUCAGACCGCAUGGGGAUAAGAACGCUUUUUAAACGCGAGAGGAGGUUUCUCGUAUCGACACGAGUGGUGUAUAAGAUACUGCACUGAUACUGUGUACUGUGUACCGUGUACUUAUACUGUGAAAGUCAGGUCUCCAGGAUUCUGAAUUUGUGUCUGAUUGUUUUGCUGGUGUUCAACCCUGAGGUUAUAAAUUCACUUGACAUCCGUCAUCUGGCUCCAGUUCAUUCAACAUUCGGUCAGACGCCCUAUAAAAAGCUAUGCAGUUUAGAAGCUGGUUUGUAGAACUAUGAAAACCCAAUACUUAAAUUCAGCCACAAGCAGACCAGUAAAUACAGGCUCAUCCUACAGUAUAGGUUUUCUCUUCUUUUCUUUUUUUUUGUCCUUCCUUUGUGGGUUCACAUCGAUAAAAAACACACAUCAUGACAUUUCUUACAUGACGAGCGUGUUGGAGAGCGUAUUAAACAAUUCCGGGAAGGUUAAAGAAUCAUUUUGUCUCUUGAAUGUAGCUUUAAAUACCCUCCUGUCUUGCCAUUUUUGUAACCAUCACGAAGACGCGCAGAACAGCAACAGGAGCCAAUUUUUAUCUCUGGACUCAAAGACUGUUUACCAGCCAUAUAUGGACCCACAAAAAGGAAUGUUGUUUUAUAGUUUGUAAAUAUUAUUUAUAGUAUUAUUUGCCUGCAAAUAAAUUCUUUAUAAU